AUGAAAUCACCAUCUCCUCAACUCCUCCGCGCACUGCGCACCUCGUUAACCACCACUCCCAACCUCACCCGGUUUUCCGCCAUCCCAUCAAUCGCUUCUCCAUGCCGUGCCAUCUCCAGCCCAGGCGCUGUCCUCCCAUCAGCACGACGCAACAACAGCUCGACCGUACGACCAAGUCGCAUGGUCUCGCGUGCGCACGCUCACAAACCCACAAGCCGCGAUCGGGGUCCGGAGUCGCAGGAAGAUACCCAGACAGACUUCAAUGCGCUGAAUGUACUGGGUAAUAUCCCUGCGCCGACCACGGCAAUCGACGCAUGUCUCGACUCUGGCUUCCAUCUUAACAAUGGAGUCAAGGUUAGCAACGGCGAUGGAGUGUUGCUUGUUGGUGGCGAAGCUUUCGCGUGGCGGCCGUGGAAGGCCGUCGAGGGGGCUGAGAACGACAAUGCGGCAAGAGACUCGAUGCUCAAUGCCAAGGGGCAGUUUGAGCUUGAUGAGUCGGUUUGGGGCCUGUUGGAUCUUGUGUGGCCGAAGCCUGAUAUGCUCAUUCUCGGCCUUGGUGGCUCGAUGUUCCCGCUUUCGCCCGAGACCAAGCGUCAUAUCAACUCGCUGGGUAUUCGGGUUGAUAUCUUGGAUACCAGAAACGCGGCCGCGCAGUUCAACCUGCUUGCUACGGAGCGUGGUGUCACUGAGAUUGCUGCUGCAAUGAUUCCUAUUGGAUGGAAGGCGCGACCUCUCUAA